AUGGCAAAGUGGAGAAAUGCAUCUCAGACAGCAACCUUAAUUAGGAAUGUUAUUUACGAUUUCCAUAAAUCUGACUUGAAAUUUGUAUGGAAGAAAAAACCUGAAAAGUUAUCAGUUGAAAAACCAAAAGCAAUUGACAAACAAAAUAAUAGUGAUGUUUUGCCGUUAAUACCAAAAGAGGAUCAUCUUUCUAAUACAUAUCGUCACUACUUAUAUAGUACAAUGCGUCUGAACGUCUUAUACGAACAGUAUAAAGUAACGUCUGAACGUCUUAUACGAACAGGUGGAGAACGUCCUUUAGAAGAAUGUGCAAGAAUUGUUGGACUGAAGUUACCUAAUUCAUCAUCCUAA